CUCCCAUCACCUGCUAUCUUCAAUCCAACGAAGAUAAUCCACGAGCGCUCGGCCGCAAGACGACGUCGCGCCAUGUACAGCGGCACCUACCCGCACGCCGACGCCGACGCCCAAUUCCCCUACUCGACGUCCGACGCGGCGGGCACGUCGUCUUUCCCGCCGCUCCCCCUCCCUCUCUUGACCAUCCCGAACCCCGACCCGCUGGCCGCGGUCGCCGAGUUCGACCUGGUGAAGCCGCUGAGCCACUACCCGGACGUCUCGCACAGCGGCAGCAGCAUCAGCGGCGGCAGCAGCUGUUACAGCUCGCCGAGCUCGUUCCCGAGCGCCGAGACUCAGUCGGGGCCGAGCAUGUUCCAGAGGAGCAUCAGCAGCGUCUCGCUGCAGCAGAGGAAUGACGGGGGUUACUAUCAUUACAGUCCGCUCGCCAUGAGCGCCCUCGAGUUGGCUGAGUCGGAAACGAGUCCGGUGAGGCGAGUCUACAGCACGGGCGAUCUGCAGAGAGUUAAUGGGCUGCAACACAAGCAGAGGACAGAGAGCCCAUUAAUGAGCGAGAGCAACAUGAUCAUUGAAGGGAUGAGCAGAGCGUGCCGAUACAGCCCCGCGGAGAAGAAGGAGCGGAUCGAGCGAUACAGGAGCAAGAGGAACCAGAGAAACUUCAACAAGAAGAUCAAGUAUGCUUGCAGGAAAACCCUAGCGGACAGCCGGCCGCGCAUCCGAGGGCGGUUUGCGAGGAAUGACGAGAUCGACAAGUGCUAUCAGCUUCCAUGGAGCCAUGAAGCCGGCAGGGAGGACGAAGAAGAAGACGAGGAUAAUUGGGUCAACUUCCUCGACUCCUUCUCGUCAGGGAAUCUGUAGCUCCUCAAACAUUAAAAUAAGAUUUUCAUUUUGUUUAGGGGUCAUUUGUUUUGCGGAAAAUCGACGAUUUGUGAAAUAUUCUUCCUAAAAAUGAUCGCUUGUAUUAUUUAUAAAAUUAGAUGAACGAAAAUUCUUUUUUCGUUGGUUGAUUCUUCUAGACAAUACAAGCGAUCAUAUGAAAAAAAAAAAAUUUGUUUCUCCGGGUCGUUGAUUUUCUCUAAACAAUUGCACGCAUCAUCAGUUUCUAUCUUUAGCUUAGAGUUUUGGGCAUCCUUUGAUUUGACUGGUUUUGUAGUCAUCUUAGUCCCCUAGUUCGUGCACCUAAAGAUGGGUGAUGUAUAUUGAUAGCGUGAUCAUAAUGGAAUUAUGAGCUUUCGUUUCCGCAAA